AUGGAAUCACUAUUGAAGUUGCAUCAUCUUCAUGCACACAUAGGUUCAAAACAAAGCAAACCCAUUUCGCAUGUUCUUCCCAAAUCCACAAUUUCACUUCGUACACAACACAUGUUUGUUCAAUCAUCACCCAUUCUUACUGCUUCCUAUCGCCCUCUUCAAGUUCAUGCUAGUUCCUCUUCUUCUUCCUUUCAAUUCAGACAUUCAAAUAAAAUAAGGGUGGAUGAAAGUAAGAGCUUGACAUUAGAGAGCAUCAGGCACUCUUUGAUCAGGCAAGAGGAUAGCAUAAUAUUCAGUCUUCUGGAGAGAGCUCAAUAUUCUUAUAAUGAAGACACAUAUGACAAGGAUGCACUCUUCGCUGAUGGUUUUCGUGGCUCUUUGGUUGAGUACAUGGUCUGCGAAACUGAAAAACUUCAUGCACAGGUGGGAAGAUAUAUGAGCCCAGAUGAGCAUGCUUUCUUCCCAGCAUACUUACCUGAACCACAGCUUCCACCAUUGAAGUACCCACAGGUUCUCCAUCACUGUGCCAAUUCAAUCAAUAUAAACAAUUUGAUUUGGGACAUGUAUUUUAAGGAUCUCCUGCCAAGAUUGGUAAAACCAGGAGAUGAUGGUAACUGUGGAUCAGCUGCAGUUUGUGACACUCUUUGCUUGCAGGCUCUCUCAAAGAGAAUCCACUAUGGGAAAUUUGUUGCUGAGACAAAGUUUCUAGAAUCCUCUAAACUAUAUGAGGCUGCCAUUAUAGCGAAAGACAGGAAACGGCUGAUGGAGUUGUUGACGUAUGAAACAGUGGAGGCAUUGGUGCAGGAGAGAGUAGAAAUGAAAUCAAGAACAUAUGGUCAGGUGGUAAAGAUCGAGGAAAAAGGUGAAGUAGUUGAUCCGGCUUAUAAAAUCGAGUCGGGCUUGAUAGGUAAUCUUUAUAGAGAUUGGAUAAUGCCUCUCACAAAACAAGUGCAGGUAGAAUACUUAUUGAGAAGACUUGAUUAA